AAUACAGACCUUAACUCGCACUUCCACAGAGUCAGAUACACGGACGCAGCAAUCCAUCCUAUUGGCAGUCAGAACAUAAUAGGAUUUGCAGGCAUCUCAUAACGAUAAAUGCUAACGACUCUGCGUCUCUGGGAUUUUAAACUGUGACUCUUCCCAGCAACAAUUUGAAAGGUCUUUGAUUGUUCAAGCGAAUUUGGUAUUAUUUACAGCAAUAUUCCAGAUUUGACAAGGACUAUAAAAACCAUCGCUGUAGCCUUUACGAAUCAAUCACUUUCUGUACCUCAGCAGUGAAGCAGCGGACGUGAAAUGGACUUCGAUCUGCCACCCACUUUUCCAGCCAGCGGUAUCGCAUGGGAGAGAGUCCUGCCGCCUCUUCUUCCCGCGCUGAACGGGACAUUCGGGCUGUACUCAUUCACGCCGUCGGAGCUGCUCACCCCAGUGGCGGAGCACACUGGCUCAGCACAGGUGUGUUGUGACCACAAAGGAUUCACAGUUCAGGUUGAUGUGAAACACUUCAACCCAGAGGAGCUGAUGGUCAAGGUGACAGGAGACUUUGUGGAGGUCCAAGGGAAACACAAAGAGAAAAAAGAUGGGUCAGGGCUGGUGACACGACAGUUCAACCGGCGCUACAGGAUUCCAAAGGGAGUGGACUCCAUGGCUCUGGAGUCGGCUGUGUCGCCUGAAGGCAUCCUCAUCAUAUCUGCCCCUAUGUUGCAGGGGGAGAACUCCACACACCUGUCCCACUCUGAACCAUGAGCAUACACACCCUAGGAACAAACACACACAAUCCAUAGGAACCAGUGUUGGGGAGUAGUACACUACAUGUAGUUCAACUAGUACUUUAACUACAUUUUGCAGUAGCUUGGUGGCAGUUCAAAUCUUGGUAUUAUGUAGUUUGCUACAUGGCAAAAAAAAGUAGUUGUGUAGCUAACUACUGGAAUUACACUACUUUUUUUGCAAAAAGAAAAUAUGGAUGUAGUAAGUUUAACCGAUGUGAAAUGGCUAGUUAGUUAGCGGUGGUGCGCGCUAAUAGCGUUUCGAUCUGUGACGUCAGUCGCUCUGAGACCUGAAGUGGUUGUUCCGCGAUGGGUAACGAUGCUUCGUGGGUGUCAGUUGAUGUGUGCAAGGGUCCCUGUUUCGAGCCCAGGUUGGGGCGAAGAGAGGGACGGAACCUGUUCCUUUCCUUUCUUUUUCAGUAUUACUAUUUUCUAGUUCUCACUUGAAACAGUUGUUUAAUAUGCUAAAUUACACAUUCUGUGAACUGUUCUUGCAAUUUGUAGUCUGACAUUUCAAACUUAAAUAUAAUUUAUCACAAAGUAGUUUGAUGUAGUAAACCCUUUUCAAAUUAAUUUUAGUUAAUAAAGAAAAUAAAAAUGUCGUUAAGGGUAACUUUAUUGUAGUUUAACUUCUUCCAAUGUGAAGUAAUUGGUAGCUUGGUAAACUAUUCACACACACAAAAAAAUACAGGCACACUCCAACAGACAUAUCAAACACUCAAAGAACUGGUGCCUGCCUGUACCAAAACACCCAUUAACUACACCAUCACACCAUUCAAAUUCCCUGCUCUCUCUCUCUGAGGUUUGUACAUAUUAACAGGACAGAUUCCUCAUUUAAAAGCAUCCCUCAUCCAAAAGAAUCCCAUUUAACUCAAUCUUAAAAUGUUUUUAUGGAACCAUUUAUUGUAAAUAUGAUAUAAAACCAUUGAAAAUGUUGAUUUGUAUUGUGUGGAGUGUCUAAUGCCCUCUAAGUCAUGAGUAAAUGUUUUAACACUCAGAUUAUCAAGUAUGUUCACAAAACUCAAAAGUAAGGUUGUUGUAUAUUUUCAAACUAUUUAUUGUAAGAAGAGAAUGUUAAAAAUAAAUGCACUAUAUAUUGCUGUACAAAAAUAAAAUAAGUCUGUUGAA